AACAAGGGAGGCGCUUGGCAGGAAAAGAGCCCCAAACCCUGCCGUGACCGCCUAAAACCCUAAUCACCGAACUCAAGGAGGUAGUCACCCUCGUUCUUCUUCCUCUCGACCUCCACUCCCAUACACUUCCAUGGAAGACGGCGAAGUAAUCCGCGAAGUAGACCUCGACCACGGUCUCUAUUCCCUAGACGUCGCGGGUGACCUGCCCGGAGAUGACGAGGAGUUUUCGGCUCAAGGAGAGGAGUUACAAGACGACGAGGACGUAAUUGGAGGGAAGGAGCCGAGGCAACCAGUUAACAGUUCAUACAGAGUUAAAAUUAUCGAGAUUCUGAAGAACUUGCACUCCCCGGAGAUAAAAAUUUACUCGGAAGCCUCCAAGGAGUUCAUCUGUUUGUUGAAGGGGGAAACGGGUGGAGGGAUCCUACGUGAGUACAUACAGUUGGCUCCCAAAUGCUUGGAGAUCAUGGAAGCUUGGAGGCUUCACCAAGGGAAGCCUGGGAUGUCACACAUAUUAUCGUUGGUUUCUGUGAUUCUCGACCACCCUGAUGGGAAGUCACUGGCUGAUCCAAUUGGUAGAAACCUUGAUAGCUUAGCCCGUUUGUUAGUUGAGACGAAAUUGAAUGACAUCUACAUCGAGCUGAGUAGUCAAGAUUCAAGGCGGCAGAGUGCGGCACUGAACCUUUUGGCUUCAGCAGUGAGGCGGAGUGGACGAUUAGCUUCUGAGGUUGCCAAAGUUUUCGACUUUAAGCUGCCAGUCCUUUCUAAGCUGUCAGGUAUACAGAAGAAGAAAGGGAGGGACGAGAGGCAUGGAUUCAGAGGAUCCACAAGAAGGGCAUUUGUUGGCUUUGCCAUGUCAUUUCUUGAGAUUGGUAACCCUAGAUUGUUGAGGUGGGUUCUACAGCAGAGGGAGUUGUACUCUGGGGUGCUUCGCGGUUUUGGAAGUGAUGACACUGAGACCAUCAUAUAUGUUCUUUCUACUUUGCGGAAUAAGGUGCUGGUUGAAGAUUCUCUCAUCCCACCGGCUCUUCGGAGUGUUUUAUUUGGCAGCACCACCUUAGAGCAGUUGAGCUACAUUUCAGGAAACCCAAUGGCAGGCCGUGCUGCUGACAUUGCACACGUGGUUCUGGUAAUGGUAUGCACAGAUCCUAGUAACGGCUUGAUGCCUAGUCUAACAUUGAAGGGGAACGAGAAGCGGCUGCUUGAUCUCAUGAAGAAAUUGAAGGCUACAGAGGUCGAUUAUCAUAGGGAGUUGUUGUUGGCCAUUGCCGACAAGAGGCCAUCUUUAUCUGCAGCUUACAUGGAUGAGUUCCCAUACCAUCUUGAACCCCGUUUAUCAUCUUCUUGGUUUACUGCCAUCUCCCUUGCAGCCGACAUAAUUUCCCGUGUAAAUACUGAAGCUGCUGUCAUGUCCUUUGCUUAUGGACCUGAAUAUGUGCCACCUAUGGGCAGUGAUGAAUUACAAAGUGUUUUUAGGAGCUUCAUACCCCGUGCUUGUAAUCGGUCAUUAGUGAAUAAGGGAUUGCUUCAUGCUGACAUUCUUGUUAAGCAUGGGUCUCUAAGACUUAUUCUGGAAUCACUCAAGUCACUUGGAAAUCUUAUCACAGCAAUAGAUAAUGCUACGAAAAGCAAAUUUUCCAGAAAAACAGUUGAUUCAUCUUGCAAAGAGAUAGCUGAGUUACAUGGUCUUCCAGGGAUCAGUUGCUUUGUUGGAGUUGAUGAGUUCAUAGGUGAUGGAGAUUUGUGCCAUAGUGAUGAGGAAGGAACUGAGAAAUGUGUUUCUCUGAGGCAGUACAUCCAGGAUGAGGCUAGAGGAGCACUACCAGAUCUUCAAGUUCUUCUCAAGUUACUAUCAUCACUGAGUUACAGACAUUCAGCAAAGCGUUUGAAAAGAACUGCUGUCACGCCUGAAGUUGCACGAAAGAGACUGAAAUCUGAUAUCACCGAGGAGAAUGUUGAUAUCAUUAUUAGCAGGAUGGAUUCUGAACCUACAAAUGUGCUUCCUAGCUAUCAAAAUGAAUCUAGAAAUGCAGUUAGCAUUCCUGAAUUGGAAGGGGACAAAGAUCGUAGAGCAAUAGUUGCUGAGAUAUGGGGGUUAAAUAAGCAGAAACCGAUUACAACUGAACCAGUGGACGAACAAGAUUUUUUUUACUCAAGGCUGCUUGAUGUCCUUGCACUCUACAUGCGAAUUUUGCCUAGUGCUUUUGAAGGCUCUUUUGACUUCUUCAGAAUUCUACCAAGUAAUGCCUUAAGUCUGCCUACUGAUCAGCAACAGUCUCUAUUAUCUCUGUUAGUUGAGUAUGUUGGUAAAUCUUCUGGAACUAGUGCUCGAGCCAGAGUGCCUGAUUUCAUGUACAGACACCUGCAGCCAUUGAUUCAUAUUUUUAUAUAUUCAUCGGGCACACGUAUCAGAGAUCAAGCUUAUGCAUUGGCAAAGGCAUCCCUUGUCAGCACUGGUGCCUUCGACCAGAACCUUUCGGAGAUUGAUGCCUGGUUAAUAUCUUUACCUGGUUAUAGCAGGUCAGUUUGGUCUAGGGAAAACCAAGGAACAGAAGCAAUUCAUAGCUUGUAUGCAGUUGUCAUCUCAUUUCUCUGUGAUGCUGUUUCAACAGUAGGAAAUAACUUAUACAAGCAUCUUGAUCAUAUGCACAAGCUUAUCUCCAGUUUAGAUGACUUUCAAGAUAAGUCUCCUGGUUUCAGCCCCCUCAUUAUUUGUAUCCUUCAGAAGUGCUUGAGGUUGCUUGAGUCGGAUUCUGCGACCUUCAAGUUAUAUGAGAGAUCUGCUAUUUCGUUGUAUGUGUCUAAUGCGUUAAACUUGAUUUUGCAGUCACAGGUAUACAUGAAAAUACUACCUGGUCUGAUAGAUUUGAUUUUAAAUGAAAAAUUUGUUGAUGAUUCAAAGAGCUCUCUUUGUGAAUGGAGGCCAUUGAAAAAUUUAUUGUAUUUUGCACAAAAUCUUCUGAAACAGCAGAGAUUUACUUUGUUACCCAUGAUGGAGAGUACCUCAGAAGGAAAAAACUCUUUCAUAUUGAUAUGUUCCAAGAUAAAGGAGUUUAUAGGUGGGACAAAUUUAGGCAAGCAAGAUGAAGUAGCCUUCGCAUUUUUAUCAUCAAUCAUAUGUGCAUCACUUGAGGAUGUCCUACGAAAUCUUCAUUUGCUGCUUACCAUUGCCCCACUGCAUUUUACUUCUUAUAUUCAAUUCCUGUCAUAUGUACUCUUUCUUGAACCAAGGUUUCUGGCUGAAGUUGUUAACUUGUGGCCAAAUAUGUUCCGCGCUUGUCUGGAAAAGAUUAGGAAUUCAGAUAGAAAUGACUGCAGAGGGAAUAGUGAUCAUUCACUUGAUCGAAAUGAUUUUAUGCAUCUCACUGAAAUAUCGUUAUUCUCAGACAGCCUAGUUACUGAAGAAUUGGUUGCUACUUCUUUAGGUUUAUUCCUGAGGCGUGCUCCUUUCUAUGCCCUAUUUUCUGCAUUUAUGUGCUCUGGCAGUUACAGGAGCUAUUCAACCAGAAUGAUGGAUAUAUUGCAUUCUCCUGAUAUUGUAGGUUUGCUAAAAAUUAAGGUAACCGAAGGCUCAACUGAUGACUUGGUUUUGUUUCUCAGAUGUGUACUCUUUUGGGCCCAUCAGAUUCGGUCAUCCUAUGAAGCUGAGCCAUCUGAUACUCUUGAAGAACUCUUUCAGAUAUGCUUCACUGUGGUAGAUUGCAUCUUUGAGCAGAUUUUGGUAGAUUUUGCAGGUCCCACUGGAUCUGUGACUGUAGAAAGAUCUUCAUCUACUAAAUAUGUUCAAGAUGUAAUAGAGCUCAUCCUUAACCACCCUCUUGUGGCACUGUCCGUUCAAUAUCCUAUAUGCUGUAGCAGAACCCUUGCAGUUGAUAAGUUGUAUGAUAGUACUGAUUCUCUUCUAACCUACUCAAAGCAAAAUUUUCACGACAUGGACUCUCUUGUAUUGCAGCUUUUAAUUAAGGUUUUUAAGGAAUUCUUGUAUGGGACGAUUGGGAGCCAUUGUUCAUCUCAAACCUAUGUUUUUGAUGAACGAGUUUUGAAGGUUGCCAGGAACUUGAUUCAGAAAACAGCUUUAUUGUUCAGGGAAAAGUUUGAUGCUUCUGUUGAGAGGAGAGAUUUCAGUACGGUUCUUCCUUACUUUUACAUCAUUCACUCGAUGAUGCAAUUUUUUUCUCCUUUUGAUCUUCUCGAACUUGCUCACUGGAUGUUCGGUAAAGUAGAAAUUGACUUUUCUGGUUGCAGUUCACUUCUUUCUGCUGUUCUUUUUUGUCUGCCUAUUGCUGAUGGUGCGUUGGAUUUAUUAUAUGGUUAUCUAAAAUGGAGUCACCAUACAUCAGAACUCUAUCACUUCUAUAGAAUAAGUAAUAGAAGUUUCAAUGUGACCAUUCUUCAGAAGGUUUAUUAUAGUAUUCUUGAUUUGGUUAUACGUUUUGAUAUAAAAAGUGCAAAUAGUUGUCUUUUAAAAGCUGUCAACUUUGUGUACAAUCAGAGGCAUCUAAAACCUCACACUACUUGUCUUCCAUUAUACAUGCUUUUUUCUGGGAUGGUCAUCCAUAGUCCAAUGAAGUUAGUACUAUGCUGCCUCAGUCUCACAAGCAAGAUCAAGGCAACAAUAUUGUCAUUACUUAUGGAAGUAAGCCCACUGCACAUGAGCGUCUUUGGACAGAUAUUCUUGGCUAUUUUUAACAAAGAUUCAUCUGAUUUUGAUGUUCUGAAUACAGAUGGUGCAUCGCCACUAAGAAAUGAGGUGGCCAUUAAGAACUUUAACUAUAGCCUUUCUGAGGAUGAUUUUGUGAUUCUUCUGCCUGCUGCUUUGUCAUAUGUCACUUCACACAGAAAGGAUCUUAAGUUUAUUGGAAGUAUACUGAUUUUCUAUUCUAAGAUUCUUUUGGAAAAUUUGUCAAACUGGAAAAGCUAUGUAUCUGGCAGUGUUUUCCAGGAAGAGUAUCAUGAACUUCCGGUGACAUCAUAUGUAGAUUUCCAUAAUUGUUUGAAGAAAUCUCUUCUUGGGAAAGCAGUCACUAUGUUGCACUAUUUUUUCGUUUUAAAUGGGGGUUCAGUUACAAAGAAGCAGCGUCUGAAAAUAUUUGAUUCUGUUUUUCCACAUUCGUUUGAACUACUUGAUCAUGAUAUCAAAAUACUAAAUUCUUGUUCUCAUCAGGAUUCCUUGAAACUCGUUAUUGAAAUUUAUGCUAAAAUAUCAUUUACGAGGUUAUUGUUAUCACCUGUGGAAAGUUUGACACAACGUUUGGAACCAGAAGAGUCCAAUGAGAUGACUCAGAAAAAGGAGUCCAAAAGAUUGAAUCGUGCGAAACUAAGGUUUAUAACCAUUUUGGUCAAUUCAUUGGACCAGAUAGUCAGGAUAUUUCCUUUUGAUGGUGAUAGAUCUUUCAGAUCUUGUUCUUCUGACAAUUACAGCAUUUUCAGAUUCCUAGAACAUUAUAUUUUGAACAACAUCAUUGAGUUAUCUAUUGAAAGUAAAGGUUGCCUUGACCAGUUGCCUUCUGUUCCUUUUCUGGAUCAUUUUAUUAGAUCUUGCCUUCUCCAUAGGUUUGAAGACCCUGCUACCCUAAAGGCAAUUCGCUGCUUUGUUGCUGCAUUACCGGAAACCAAGAGGACAUUUUCCUCAUCUGAAAUUCUUGGGCUGCUGCUUGGACACUCUCAGUUUGUGUCCACUAUUCUUUCUAGUGAUUCUUUUUCCAAUUCAUCUGCUUUAAUGGCUAAUGAAUCACUAUUGCAACCGCUCCCAAGUAUUCUGAAAUCACUUGAUAUCUCUUGUACUGAUCACAAAGCUUGUGAAUUCAGGGGCACUACAAACCCUCACUUAGAAGAAAGAAAGUUGGAAUUAAUUAAGUUGCUCAGAGUGUUAUAUCAUUACAAGAGUAGAGAGUACAAUGUGGGACAUGAAAACAUUGAUGGCAAGGAUUCAAGGGAAUUACUUGUUCUUCUUUUAUCUGCCUAUGGUGCAACUCUUAGUGAAACUGAUUUGGAGAUACUUCAUCUCAUGCAUGAGAUUGAGUCAAGUGAAGGAUCUGAAUAUGAUAAAAUUUCUGAAAUGGAUUACUUGUGGGGUCUGUCUAUCUUGAAAAUAAAAAAAGAAGUGACACUUGAUCAGCUAUCUUCUUCCUCCAUGACACCUGGUUGUGAAUCAUCUGAGGAUCUACGCAAAUUGCUAUUUAGGGAGAAUAUUCCAGUUGAUACAAAACAGUGCGUGACUACAGUUUUGCAUUUUUGUUACAAUCGAUCUUCAUUGACUGCCUCAAUGUCAUUGGAAAACCUUCUUCAUGAUAAAUUUGGUGAUACGAUAGAGCAAUCUUUAAAAGGUGACUUAGUUCUAGGGUAUGAUCCUGCUUUCAUAUUACGAUUCUCACUUCAUAGUCUUGUCAUGGACUUCAUUAAGCCUGUAGAGUUUGCUCAACUUGGCCUGCUUGCUAUUGCAUUUCUAAGCAUAUCUUCUCUGGAUGAAGAGUUGCGAAAAUUGGGCUAUGAAGUCCUUGGAAGAUUUAAAUUAGCUGUUGAGAACUGUCGGAGAAAUAAGGACUUGCUACAGCUUCAACUUCUUCUAACAUAUUUUCAAAAUGGGAUAACAGAACCAUGGGAGAGAGUACCUUCAGUUUUUGCUAUUUUUGCUGCAGAAGCUUCUUUCAUACUAUUGGACCCUAGGCAAAAUCAUUUCCUUACAAUAAACAAGCUGUUAAUGCAUUCGUCCAAUAUGAAUUUCAAGAGUGUUCCUUUGUUUCAUGCAUUCUUUGGAAGUACUUCCAUCCAUUUCAAAAUGGAGCGCACGUGGAUUCUUCAGCUUUUACAUGCAGGAAUAAAUUUAGAUGACGAUGCUAAAAUAUAUAGGAGCAACAAACUUAUGGAAUUCUUGCUAAGUUUUCAUGCCUCUUCAAUGUCAGAUUCUCAGUCGAGUUUUCUAGUUCUUCAGAUUGUGAAGAAAUCUGUAAAAGUUCCUAUUCUAGCUGACUAUUUAUUGAAGGAAUGUGGUUUGCUUUCAUGGCUAUUUUCUGUUCUAUCAUUUUUUGGUAAAAGACUGGGCAGAAAAGAGAAACAAUUUUCUCUAAGUGUCAUGGAGUUGGUUUUGAAGGUAGUGACUGAUGUGGUUUCUACAAGAUCUGUUUCUGAAUGGCUUCAAGAGUGUGCCUUUGAGCAACUGUCACAGCUUUCAUCCUAUUUACAUGUUUUAUUUGUCAACGAGCUCAAGGUGCUGAAGGAAAAUGUUUCAGUGGUAAACUUGUUCUUACAUGUGAUGAUAUCGACAAUCAGGUUAUCACACAAGAGGAUGAUAUAUCAACCACACUUCACCAUAUCAUUUGAAGGCUUAUUUCAGUUAUACCUAGCCAUCAAUGAUGAGUUCAGUAGCACACAUUGUGCGGUGACCAAUGAACUUGGAGUAAUGACCAUUCUUAUGUGCACUCCAGUGCCAGUCAAAUCUAAGUUGGAUAAGGCAAGAUUAGUGAAACUUGUUAGGUGGGCGAUUUCAGCUUCUUUGCAGUCAGAGUCUCAGAAGAAUUAUCUGUUUAAGCAAUCUUAUCCUCAUUUGCUUCUUGUACAUAAGGAACAACAAGAUAAUGAGUUGCUUAUGUCAAAGCUCAUGAGAUGGGUAACUGCUUCGGUCAUUCUGGGAAGUAUGUCAAAUAAAUAUUUGAAUAUAAAGACAGAGUUUAGCUUGAAGAGAUCAAGCUUUGCAACUCUGCAUUCUCUACUUGAAUUUAUUGUCAAAGAGAAGGGCAGUUUCAGAGAGGAAAAUUUUAGUGCUGAUGAGGCAAUAGCUGCCAUGUUACUGUACCUUCAACAAAUUAUGAGGAGCUCUAUCAAUCUUCCUUCAGUAAUUUUUGCAUUAUGUUUGUUACUUCUUUCAGAUGGAUCUAGUACAACUGGUACGGAUUUUUUGGAUGAGAAUCAUAUUCAGAUUUCACAGCUAUGCUCAAAGAUCCGUUGCCCUGUGGAGACUAAUCCUGCUUGGAGAUGGUCAUUUGAUCAACCAUGGAGAGAUGCUACAUCGGAGCCAACGGAGAUUAAUCAGAUGGAAGAAGAGCAGGCUUGUCGCAGCCUUCUCGUCAUAUUUUCCACCGCUCUUGCCGGGAAGCAAUCUGGAUUCCCGGUUCUCUCCUACCUCGACCUUGAGACGUCUGGCUUGUUUGAGUGGGAACGAUGUAUUUAUCACAACAAAAAGUGGAACCAAGAAGCAGUUUUGUAGGACUUGGUGAGGUUUCACUGCACCUCGAGUUAUUGUAGCUUCUCAUUUAUUUUAGGGUUUUUUUUUUCCCUUCAUUCAAUGCUAGAAUGUGUUGUAUAUCUCAUUAUAUAAUAAUCUUAAUUCAUAAAAGAGUUUGAAAGAUUGAGAGCUGA